GGGAUCAGAGACCACAUCCGUUUGACUAACGUAUGUGUGUGUGGGGGCUCCUGAUCGGACGAAGCAGGAAGAGUGUGUGUGUCCUCACCUGAGAUCUGAAGAGUUCUGGAGGAACAGUCACUCCCUUUUCACUCACAGUUUAGUCAGACCACAGAGGACGGAUCUCCUUUUUGUCAUGAUGGUCUUCAGCCUGAAUGAACCUGACACGUAAUUCUGGUGCCGAUAUAUCUGUGAACCUACAUCUGCUGUUCCUUCUCCUGACUAAAGCCUGUUUCAACAAUGGGACACAAGGUGAAGAAUACUUUUAAAUACAUAUUUGGCUUUCCUCUGGUUCUCAGUAUCCUCUACUUUACAGCUCCGUCUUUGAGAGUUUUAAUUGGGUUUAUUCCCAUGGAGAGAUGCCUUUUGGACAGUGGAAAGAUGCUGGCUCUGGACCACAAUCUGGAUUCCAGCCUUGACCUUCACGCCAGACGUGAUGUUCAGACAUGCACAACAUGGAAAGCACCCAUCAUCUGGGACGGAAUGUUUGAUCCAGACCUUUAUGAUCGGAUGCACAAGCAGGAGGGAACCACUGUGGCGCUCACUGUGUUCGCUGUUGGCAGGUACCUGGAUGCUUAUCUGGAGACCUUCUUAAACUCGUCUGAGCAUCACUUCAUGUUGGGUUUGCCGGUUACAUAUUACAUCUUUACGGAUACGCCAGAGAAGGUACCAGACAUCAAACUCCAUCCUCAGCGAAGCAUGAAGGUAUUCAAAGUGGACAAGCACUCCAGAUGGCAAGACAUCUCUAUGAUGCGAAUGAAGACGUUAUCUGAUAUCAUAGAAUCAGAUAUUCAGCACCACUGCACCCAUGUCUUCUGCUUUGAUGUGGAUCAGGUGUUUACUGGGAGGUUUGGGUCUGAGGCAUUAGGGGAUUUGGUAGGGCUGCUCCACGCUCACUUCUACCACUUUCCUAAGACACUGUUUACAUAUGACCACAACCCAAAGUCCAAGGCUUAUAUGGAAACUGGGGAUUUUUACUACCACGCUGCCAUCUUUGGAGGCACAUGGCAGCGUGUAAAGGCCUUGACCGAGGCCUGUUACGAGAGCAUCAUGGAGGACAAACAAAAUGACGUGGAGGCCCUGUGGCAUGAUGAAAGCCAUCUCAACAAGUACCUGUGGCUCCACAAACCCAGCAGGGUGCUCUCUCCAGAGUACUGCUGGGACACCAGUAUUGGCUACAGGAGUGACAUACGAGUUCAGAGACUACUGUGGGCACCCAAAUAUUAUGAAACUCUCAGAGCACCAUAGGAUCCUCAGCUUGGACUGAAAUAUUGUAUUUUGUGUAAAGUCACCUAUUUUUGGUGUGAAACCUUUCAUCACCAAGCUUGUUUUUGUAGCUUGUGACUUUUUGUUCCACUGGACACACCAACACCACAUGUGUGCAAAUGUGAGUUUUACCCACAAUGGAGCGACGUCUUUAACUGAACCCGCCCUCUCUGCAAAUGUUGUUUUAUGGAUCUCAGGUAAAUCUAUGCAAAUAUUUUGUUGGCUUGUUUGGCAGUCAAAGUACUUACUCCGUAAAGGAAAGUAUCUCUGAAAACUUAACAUAUCCUCCUGAGAUACAGCAAUGCAGUUUUGUCCUCUGCAGUGGACAAGUUUCACAGAUUUACUAAAAAAAAAA